CUCAACUUUAUGUUCAACCAAGCUCCAGAACAUUUCUACGAACUGGAAUGCAAUUGGAACUUCCGAUGGCCAGCGUGCUGGAAUUUCUCGAUCCGCUGCCCUGAGAUCAUGGAGCGUGGGCCUUACUUGGUGCAUGGCAUCGGCGCCUCCUUUUUAAAUGGCGCACGUCAUCCAAAGAUUGCAACUCUCGCAGAGCAGUGGGACGCGUGGGACAUGUCCCAGCCUUUAGAGACUCUCACUAAUAUUCUGACUGAAAUUCUACCCACCGCGGUCUCAAAAUACGGACACUGCAGUAAAGUUGAGGGAUUCGACGAGGCGCUUAUAAAACAACUUGUCCUACUUAAUUCAGAGAACAUUUCACUGUAAUUCUUCAAAUGUUCGUUGUGAUUGUUUACAUUAAACAGCGAAUGUCAAAGGAGCGAGCAUUUUUAUGAAUGCCUUUCAAUUUGAACGGCAUGGCUGGAUUGCUUCCGUACAUAACUGAAGUAUGGUGGUGAAAAACAUCAUAUGUGACUGCAACGCAUUCAGAUAUGGACUGCUUCUUGCAAAAUCAUAAUACCAUUUGCAGAUUAUUCACGCAGAUAGUUUGUAUGAUGAUAUCUCGCAGUUCACAAUACCUAUUAUAAUGAAACAAAAUAAACAUCGUUCAUUUGAACAUAAACGUGCCUCUGAAAUACAAGCUAAUUUGAAAUGUAUAAUGAUGCAGGAUUUAAUUUUUUACGUGAAAGCUUUACUGUUUUAAAUUUCAAAUAAAUAGAUCCCAAUGCCAAUAUUCUAAC